AUGGCAGUUCAAAAUUGGAAACUUUAUAAAUGCUUGAAAAUGCCAGCAGUUGUAGCGAUGUUGCCAUUCCACGAUUAUUAUACUCUAAAAAGUCUUAUAGUUGCCAUCAUGCUAGAAAUAAUUUGCAAAGGAAGUGAGUUUUUUACAAUACGAUAUAUAGAUAACCAUAAAUUGUCGUACAUUACUUGCAAUUUAAUGGCUUCAAUUGGAACUUGGGUAUCAUUUACAUUUAUAUAUUUGUUAAUCAAUUCGUACAGCAGCGCUGAAGAUCAGAAAGACGAUAAAUUUGUUUCAAUUGUUCGAAUUUCUCUAUGUUGGCUCUGUGCAUUUCCUUGGGGAAUUUUACCAUUUUUUGGUUAUGGGGAAUUCAUUAAAUCAGGAAAUGGUGCCUUUUGCGGUCCUGCUUGGGCAAGUGAAAAUCUGUACGAUCAAGCAUACUUCAUUUUAAUGUAUGCACUAGGGUUUGUGAUACCUCUUGUAUAUUGCGCUAUCAUCAGCUGGAUGAAAGGAUCUAAUAAAAGUGGAAAACCUGGUUAUAAAAGUUUUCAUUGUUUACCUCAAACUUUGUUGCUUGAAGUCAUUUUUUACGUGGUUAUUCUCUGGAUUCCAUAUGGACUUUGGGGCGUUGUUAAAAUGAUUUGGGGUAAUAUAAACGAACCAAUUGAUUUUGUUGUAUUAAUAAUCGCCCACUUUUGCUAUGUUAUUACGCCUAAUAAGUUUUCAACACAUUUAGAAAAAAUGUGCAGCUUUUAA